AUGCCAAACAGCGUCCAUGAUAUCCCAGCAGCCGAUGAUGACCACGCAGUAUUAGCAUCGCCUGCGGAGCCCUUACCCGAGACCCAAGAGACCCAGGACUAUGGCCUGACACAUGAAGAAGAACCGGUGGGAUUGGAUCAUCAUGAAAGCGGACGCGAUACCGAAGACCAGGCUUAUUCUCUCGGUGACGAUGUUGAGGGCGAUGCUGGGCCAGCUUCGGAGGACCCCGAACCGCAUCACGAAACUGCUGAGGCCUCUGCAGAGCCUCCAGCGCCUGCAAUAGAGGGAGAAGGCGAUACCGCUGCAACUUCGACUCGUACUGCGCAACAUUCAAGCUCAAUGUCCUUUGCUCGGACUUCUCACGAAGUCAGUUUCAGCGACAACGACGAAACCGAGUGGACCCUCUCAAGAACGGACACGGAUCCCUUCAAGUUCAUGUCUCCAUCCGACAGAACGAAUUCUUUCCCCGUCGUGCCUCUAAUGGCCGAGGACCCGGAGCGCAUCGACGAUAUGCCCCUGCCAUCGAAUCAGGCGCUCGACGUGCUAGAAGAGACGGAGAGAGAUGUUCAUGUUGAAGAAGAGGAGUAUCAGGCUGAUGCGCAGCCUCAGGCAGGCUCAGAUGCGACAUCUGAGCCUGCGAAGGAUUCACAGCGCAGGCAUGCGCCGUCCAGAUCUAUUGGAGGGGAUAUACAAUGGUCCGAGGAUGCAGAAACCGAAGCGCGAUACGAGGAAGGGGUUCCGCUGAUUCCUCAUUCGCACGUCGAACCUGAAGUUGCGGCCAGUGGUGAAAACGCCCAUAUCCCCUCUUUUGAUGAUGAUAAUGAGGAUGAUGACUUCUUUAACCAAAUCAACCAGUCUGGAGAAGAUGCCGCGAGCAAAGGUGAUGCCAUCCCGUCACUGCAGAGGAAAUCGACGAUGCAAGUCUUGGCAGCUGCCAACCAAGAGCCCAUCUCUCAGCAACCCAUAUUAGAGGAGACGUCUGAAUGGGAUGAAGAAGGGCUUAUUUCGCCGUUUGCCCAUGUGACCGAGAAGCCAAAUCCACUCGAAGCACAUGGCAGCUUGAACGAAACGGGGGCUCCUUCAGGUCAGGAUCUUUCAUCAAAAUGGGAACAAGCCUUCGCCAGCGACGAUGAUGGUGAUGAUUUCCUUAUUGAAGACACGGCAGCAGGUGACAAGGAAGUAGACGCUGCUGCGUUCUUGGGUAGUGAUGAUGAAGGUCUUCUGGAUGAUCUUGAUGAGGCACCACCGCCCACUCAGACCGCGCCGCUGAGCUCGCGAGCUAGUAGUGUGGUAUCAACACCUGCUUUUGCGCCCACCACAUACGUGCCUACUCAGCAGCGGUCAGCAUCCGCUUCUGCUUAUACACCUGUUACGACACCAUCACAGUCGUCGUUUUAUGGUGUUCCUUCCCAGGGAGCGGCUUUCCAAGCUGCGCCGCAAUAUGGCCAAGCUCCUCCUCCGCAGCAGUCAUCAGACUCGCCCAAAGCCCAGAGCUUUGCCGACAAAUCCAAGGGCGGCUAUUCGUCACCUUAUGACCUCCCAUCGGAUUUAGUUACCACUACUGUGAAGCCCAGGAAACGGGCCAGUCUGCAACAACUACAGCUGGACAGCAGCAAUUCUUCACUUCAGCCUCCACCUCCACCGCGAAGCGCCAGCAUGAGCGCCACUGAUACAGUUCCUCCAGGCGGUAUCCAGAAAUCGCCUCUUCUGCGACACAAAUCCAGCUUCUUCGAGGAUUUGCCGACUGCGCCUAGGCCGCGUUCCAUCUCUAGACAGAGCACCAGGGCUGUUUCCCCUAACCCAUAUGCGCUAGCAACCUCUCCCCAUGGGCCAUCUCCUCUGAGCCCUCCCAUGGCAACCCAAAUUCCGCCUGCUGCUGCUCCCAGUCAGACCGCUAGGGUGAAUCUUGUGGCUCCUGAGCGGGUUAGCCCUUAUGCGCCUCUUCAAUCGCCAAAUGCCCCUCUGCCUUCACCGGCUGCCAACGUAUCUAGAUACUCCCCGGCUCCUCCUCCACAGGGAGCUACUAGCCAAAGUGCGCCGCCGCCGGCCGGCCGAUAUUCUCCAGCCCCACCUGCAUCCCAUCCAGCGACUGCAUAUGCUCCCGCUGUCUCAGCAACUCCGCCUCAAGCAGUUCUACCUCACCUUCCGCGAACCUCUAGCCCAUUGGCACAUUUUGAGAUUAGCAGCGACAAGCCACAUGCUAGUUCCUCGUAUGAACCGAGACUGACCCGUGUUGCUUCUCUCCCUCCCACGCGCGAGGUUGAGGAGGAAGACGACCAGUCUCCCAGUGCUACGCGGUUGAGCACCACCCGUUCGCCACCACCUCUGCCUACUCCUUCGACUCAGGCUACCUUAUCCCCCCCUAAAAGGCCAGGCUCUGGUUACAUACCCAACGCUAUUCCUUCAACCCAACCAGGGUUUGUUCCACCCCCGCGAGCUCAGACGCAAUCUCCUGGGGCUACUCGAGGUGGCAACUAUGGCCCGAAACCUUUAGAAUCCUCUCGCCGGCCUGCAUCUUCACAUUCGCCCGCGUCUCCUCCGGCUGCUAGGACCACGCAUGCCCCCACCUCACACCCUCGACCUCCAUCUCAGGCUAUGAGCAUGAUUGCUCCUACCGAUGGACGAGAGCAGGACCCUCUUCAGCGAUGGCAAGGUGUUCCCAUUAUUUCUUGGGGAGUUGGCGGCACGGUAGUCACUUCUUUCCCCAAAAGUAUUCCGAGAUAUGUCAUGAACCAAGCGACGCCGUCCAUGUUGCGAGCUCCAGGAGAAGUCAAGGUGCGGAAUAUUAAGGACAUUGAGUCUUUGCAAGACCGUCUGGCCAAGUUCCCUGGUCCGCUAAAGGGCAAAUCGAAGAAGAAAGAGGUGCUUACGUGGCUAAGUGCUGGAAUUGAAAGCUUAGCAAAGGAACUCCCAGACGUCUCCUUCCACCCACAGCUUUCUUAUGAGGCGAAACGGGCCAUUGAACGCCUACUGCUGUGGAGGAUACUUCGAGUCUUUGUCGAAUAUGACGGCGUGCUAGAAGGCAACCCUGCAGCGGAGAAGGCGGUACGAGAUGUCCUCUCUCCAGGGACUAUUACGCCGACUGCGGAUAAUGAUGCUCUGUUUCCCACCGAUCCAACUAUUAGUAUCAAUGGCACUGCAGUGACUUCAAUGCAGGCUGAUGGCGCCGAUUCCACUACUAUGGAAGAAAUUCGCCGUUGCCUCCUCAAAGGCGACCGCGAAACUGCCGUCUGGGCCGCAGUUGACAAGCGUUUGUGGGGACACGCCAUGCUCAUUUCCCACACAGUCUCGCCCGACUUGUACAAGCGUGUUGCGCAGGAGUUUGUUCGCAAGGAAGUCAACCAUCCUGGCCAGAACAACGAGUCUCUUGCUGCUCUGUACAAAGUCCUGUCCGGCAAUUAUGACGAUUGUGUUGAUGAGCUAGUUCCUGUGCAUGCUCGUGCUGGCCUGCAGCUAGUCUCGACCGGAUCAUCUUCUCAGCCGGCCAAGGACGCCAUGGAAGGGCUGGACAAGUGGAGGGAGACGUUGACUCUUGUUUUGAGCAAUCGCAGUGCCGAUGACAUCCGGGGCUUGAACGCCUUGGGCAAGCUGCUAUCUAGCUACGGAAGAGCCGAAGCAGCUCACAUCUGCUUCAUGUUCAGCAAGCAAAUAUCCGUGUAUGGUGGCUUUGAUGAUCCAAAUGUGGAUUUCGUCUUGUUGGGAUCAGACCAUCGCCAGAACUCACACCAGAUUGCAAAGGAUACGGAGGCUUUACAGCUCAGCGAGGUGUACGAGUACGGCCUUUCUCUUUCGGGCGCCCCUUCGGCAGCGGCCGGCGCUCCUCACCUUGCAGCCUACAAACUUCACCACGCUAUCGCGUUGGCUGAAUAUGGCUUCCGGGACAGGGCCCUCCAAUAUUGCGAUGCCAUUCUCACGGCCAUAUCCUCUCAGACAAAGAGGUCACCCUAUCAUCACCAGCUGCUGGAAGCGGCUGUCGAAGACUUCAUGAUACGCUUGAAACAGGCUCCAAAGGAAGAAUCCUCCUCAUGGAUGUCCAAGCCCACCAUGAACAAAGUGUCAGAUAGCAUGUGGAACAGAUUCAACAAGUUUGUUGCCGGGGAGGAUCCUGAUGGCGCCACCUCAACGCCAACUGAAGAAAGCGGCCCAUUUGCCCGCAUAGGAACUCCAUCCAUGAGUCGCUCUCCGUCUGUUUCCAAUUUUGACACCUUGGGCAUUAGCUCCCCCAGCUACCCAGGGGCUGGUGCUCCCGCCGCAACAUCGGCUCUAUCAUCAGCAUUGUCCCGAUACGCCCCCGUUAGCUCUCAGCCUACGUACGGCGCUGAAUCACCACAGGUGCCGACGACCUUGUCUCAAGGUGGGCGGAACUCGAACGAGUACAAUACUAGCACAUAUGGAGUUUCCCCCUCUCUUGCUGGCUCUCCACCUCACAGCAAUGGAUUUGUAUCAUCUGGCCUCGGUUUCCAGCCAAUGACUCCUAUCCUUAAAAAUGAAGGGCACACCGGAUAUCAGCCAUAUGGACAUCAAGAAUCAGCCUCAUCACAGCCUUUCUCUGAGGAGCCAACGACAGGUUCCUCUACUCAAGGAUACCAGCCCAUUGCCUACGGCUAUGAACCUCCAACAAAUACCACUGCACCGGAGGCUGAUACCAAUAAUGAUGGCGUAGCUGGAGCCCCAUCAUCAAGCGGCUAUGAGCCCCCAUCAUUCCAGUCUUACGGCUAUGAGCCACCGUCCUAUGAACCCAAUGCUGGGCCAUCUGCCGCAGAAAACGAUGAUGAACCCAAGCCUAGGAGGAGAGGUAUCAUGGAUGACGACGAUGAUGAUUUCCCCACCUCUCAGCCUAAAGGGAAAACCAAAGCGGAAAAGGAUCGUGAGAAUGAAGAGAUGUUCCGUAAGGCCGCAGAAGAGGAUGCUAAACGCGCUGCCGAGGCUGCGCAAGCCAAGAAAGGAUGGGGCUUCUCUAGUUGGUUUGGAGGUGGCAAAAAGGAAGGCGGAAGCCCUGGAGAGCUCUCGUCUCCCGGUAAACCCAUCAAGGCCAAGCUCGGUGAAGCAAGCAGCUUUGUAUAUGAUCCCGAGCUCAAACGAUGGGUCAACAAGAAGCCAGGAGCCGAGCAAGUCGAAGCAAAGGCGGCCACUCCCCCACCUCCAAAGGCCAGUAGUCCACGAUCCGUCAGCGGAACACCUCCGCAGACGCCUCCUCCCGUACAGGGCCGAUCCAGUGUUCCACCAUCAGCUAGUUUUGGAAGUUUAGCUCCGCCGGCAGUCCUCAACCGGGCUCCAUCGCAGGAGAGUCUCGGUGCACCGCCAAUGCUGCGGUCCAUGUCCAGCACAAGCACCGAGAGCAAGCCAUCCAGCAGACCUACUACGAGCAUGAGCAAUGCCAGCAGCAUCGACGACCUAUUAAACGCUGGGCCCCGUAAACCAGGGCAAAAGAAAGCUAGGAAGGCUGGGCGCUAUGUUGAUGUCAUGGCCAAAUAA